AAAACGCGUACGAUACAGUGAACCGGCUUAUAGAUGUGGAAACUGUGAUAUGUGUGCCGUUGCAGUGAAAAUGUACAGUCCAUUCUGUGCACGCUGGCACGAGUUGAUCCUCGUGUGACCCGAUGAACGGCGAAGGACUAGAAAAGCGAUUUUCAAGGGCGAUGGUGAAGGUUCUCCAGGGACGAGACGUAGGGUGGUAUGUCCGAGUGCUUCGAGAACUCGUCAUCUAUGACAGGAUCGACGAAUUCGGGGCUUCUGCAGCCCCAAAAGGAUUCCUCGACGAUUCUCCGAUCGUCGCCUUUCGAUUUCUACUCAGCUCCUGCGAGUCCGUCUCGUCGAGGUCAUCGUCAACGACUUCCUCGAAAGAUGACAUUGACCUCAUCGAACGGGCAACCUGUACAGCUCACUCCUCUCUGGGAGCACGUGGUGCGCACUAGGAAAUUUCCAAGCGAGGUCGACACGCGUCUCACGUUCCUGGAGAUAUCAGAGAGACUGCGUGAUCCGGAAUGGGAGGUGCGACAGCACGCUCUUCGCGUGCUCAUAGACGUGUUGCCGACUUUGAACGCUGACAUCGUGGACAAGGUCAUGCAACCAGUGGUGCCAGAGCUGGUCAAUAAUUUGGGCCACCCGGCGCCGGCUGUUCGCAAGGGUGCUUUGGACGCCUUACGGGUUUUUCUCAUUCAUAGUCGCGACAGGGAAAAUACGAUCAAAAAGAUUCUUCAGGAUGGGUUGAACCGUUCGGAAGUGCGCGACUCCUUCCAAACGAACGUCACCACGGGGGUGAUUCUGAGCGUUCCGUCCUUGUUGUUCCCUUCGUCCAGCAGCCCGUCGCCCAGCGAACGUCUCGUAAAGGACACGACGAUCGCUCUGGCGUCCCGGUUGGCUCAGGUGCCGCACCAGGAAGCCGUACUGAAGUCGCUGAUGAAGAUCCACGACGUCGUGGGCACGGAGGAGUUUGAGAACUACUUGAAGGAUUACGACAACAAGCUGAAACGGAACAUCGAGAUCCUGUCGAAGAUCUAUAACGUCAAGUCCGCGAAGAGGGCUCGGAAGAGGAUAGACGUCGACGGUAAAAGCGUUGAGAAAGGGGAUACGAAAGACCCGGACCGGAAGUGGGAGAGCGACAGCGACACGUCCGGCAUCGCCGAAGAGGAGGACGAGGUUAACAACGGAGUCAUGCCGGCGGCUAGGGUGGUGCUGGAAACCGAGAUUAAAUUCAACGAAGAGACGGCGAUCACGAUGACCAUCUUGGAAGAGAAUGAGCAGGACGACGAGAGCGGCACGGACCUGAGAAACGACGCCGAGACCAAAGACGCUUCCCCCGAUAGACGGAAGACUCCGAGAAGGGUGCACUUUGGGGGUGAAAUAGUUAAACUUAGAACCCCGGACAGCGACGACACGGAGUCCCUCGAAGCGACCCCGAAGACCAGGAUUCCGGUCCCCGUCUCCCCGGCGACGAAGAUGCCCAACACCCGUAAGAGACCAUCCUCGCAGCCGUGUAGUCCUCGCAAAGAAUCUGGCAAGCCAUCCAGAGCGGCCAGGUCCGUCUCUAGCAGCCCGAAGAGAGAAAUUUACACGCACAACGCGGAGCUGAGCCCUAAGAAGAGUAUACUCGCGAGGACCAGCAGCCCGAUCGUUAACAAGCCCGUGGAACAGCCGAGGAAGAGGAGGAACAGUCGACAGGAAGAGAGGGACAAGGACGGGGAAAACGAGAAUUUUAGGGUGUCUCCGAUCGCUGGUAGAGUCGAAGAGGCGAAGAAGGAAGCCGUUAAGCUGGUUCAGAGUGGACAGGGUAUUGGGAGUUCAGCGAAUUUCGAGGCUUUUAGCGAAAAUAAAACCGAGAAUUCGGAGUCGGAGGAUAGAAAGGAAAUUAGGAACGUGCAAAAGAAGAGCGCCGAGGAGAUAGUUCCAUUAGAGAAAGUGGACGAUACGUUUGGUUCUUUCGUGGAGGACGACAAUGCCGAGGGAUCUUUCGCGAGGGAUUCGAAGAUUGACGAAAGUAAUGCUUCGAAUCGGGACGCUGCGAAAUUGAAGAAUUGUGCGACGACCGGGGAGAGCAAUGGCGAUGCCGGCGAACGAACCACGAAUGGCGAUCAAGAUAAAACGGUCGCAAGUGUGAUCGAGAAAAAUGGCAGUGCUGUUAACGAUGUUGGCGAGGCGGGUACUAUGUCGGAGGAAUUGAGCUGGGAGGAAUUGGGACUGGUCGAUCAAGAAAUACUGGAGGAUCUGCACAACAAAGAAGAUUGGCGUGCUCGUGUCAGAGGCUUGGAGAGAGUAGCAUCGGCUUUGCGAACGUCUUCAGCGCUGAUCGCGAUAGAGCCGCGAUUAGGAUCUCUUUUGCAUGCGGUGUUGGGCAGCGAAAGGAGCUGUCGGGUAGCUGCUGCAGGCCUCGCAGUGGCAAAGGUAGUCGUAGCUGGUGUGAGCGAGGACGCCCUGAAGAAUAGACUACCACAGUUGGCCUGGGGUUUAGCGAGACAAGGUGGCCCGAGCGCUGCUCAGCUGGCCAGGAUCGCGAUGCUGAGGCUUAGACCGGCCCUUCUCUUGGAGCAGCUUCUGCAGCCACAAUGCUUGAAUGCCAGAAACGCAAAGACGAGGGAGAACACCCUGCAAUUGUUGAUCUUCUCGUUGGUAACGUUCCCAAGCACGGAAUUCAAAGUGGACACCGUGGCAAAUAAAGUGGCCAAGAUGGUCAGAGAUCGACGUCGCAGGGUUCGACAGGCUGCGCUGGAUACGUUAGCUGUCCUGGCGCAAAUUUACGAAUCUGAGGAAGUAUUAGCAGCUGGAAAACGCGCGUCGGAAGGAUAUCACGACGGAGAGGCGAUGAUGUCUGCCAUCAGAGCACGGCUUGCACGGAAAUCGUUGCCUCUGGUCUCCGCCGAUGGUCUCGUUAUGUACGGCUUGCAAAUUUCGCCCACCGUGCAAAUAGCCACAGGUCCUGACGUCGAUUGGAUCGUGGCCGGAAGCGGUUCGGUUUCGCCCAGCAUCGGUCGCACAAAAGGACAAAUUAUAGCGACGAAAUCGGAAACAGAAAAACAUCCAAGGAGCGAACAUGCAAACUACAGUGAGAAUCCAUGGAUUGAUAGACCUAAUUUUGUCGCUCUCGGAGUGGGCAUGCGACCAAAGUCGGAUCAACCUGUGGUUUGGCAAAUAGUUCCAACGGAAGACCAGGACCUUCAAUGCGAAGAUGAAACUAACCAGCAAGCGACUCGAGGUGUAAACACCAAUGUCCGAAAUGGCGAAGGUACUAGCUCUAAUUUUAACUCAAAGAAUCAGACGAGACUUCCAUCAUCCACAAGAGAAUCCACGAAUUAUCAGAAUAUUAUCGAAGAGAAUUUCGAAAGAAGCGAAAAUACCAAUAAAACGGAAUCCAGGAUACCAGUGCUGUUUAAAUCUACUAAUAUAGAAUCAACUGCCGCUCAAUCGAGGAAACUAUUGAGAAACGCCGUAGAGGACAUCAGGCACGUAAAUUCUCAAGAAGAAAACGUCAGAGGGACUAUGUUUCGAAGAAAAAGAAAUCAACCGGAGAGCAGUACGAGCACGCAUUACUACCAUUCGAUUAAAAAUUUCGCUAACACCGAUUGCAAUAAUAUUUCGGAGAACACGAGUCGCGAGUUUUCGGAUGUUGCCCCUAAGCUUUAUCAAAAAUUUUUGGAGAAGGAUAGGUGUCAAAGGAGAUCCGACAUCGGGUCAAGAUAUGGUCGUUCGAAUUCCAUCGAACGUAAUCAACCAUCGUUGCCAAGAAGCAUCAAGCAACAAACGUUUGUUAUGCACGAUAUGUACAACACGAUUACGCAACGAGAGGGACGGUUCGCGGACGAAAAUUCUUUUCGGACGUUACAGACGGCCCCUACGCCAUUGACACGUACUUACAAUAAGAUAGAUUUUAACCAGAGAGAGGAUAUUAACGAUAGAAACACGCCAUCGCGAGCAAGAUUCUAUCGUAGGACGAAGGAAGCGGCCGCGCAAAAAAUUAACGACGUCGAGUUGAUAUCAUCGGACGCCCAGACGAACGAACAUUUUCCUGCGAUAUGCGUCGACGCUCCUUACAGAAGAAGGUUACGCUCGUUGUCUCCAUCGCAAUUAUACCAUCGCCAGCAAUUCGCCAGAACGGGUUCAAACGAAGUGCACGCGGUGUCUAUGUACGACAUAGAUAAAGCUGUGAACGAAGAAGAGUACAACGAAAAGAACAAACAUCACUUCUUACCGGAUGAGAGCUACCGAGUGCAGACGCCGGAUACGAUAGAGACGCGAAUCGAAGACGAUCAGGAACUGUCGUCGUCGGAUACGUUAGAAAAUAAUUGCGCGCAACACGUCGGACAAGAAAAUCACGAUACUCAAGACGACAGCGAAAGCAGAUCGUCUAGUCCCGAAAGGCCUAACGUGGACUCGGCUUUCGACAUUAUUACUGGUCAAUCGAGUCCCCCUGAACAGGACACAGUCGAUUUUAUUAUCACGUUGGAUGAGAAAGUCGAGCUUGUAACCGAGCCGACGAUCACGUCGAACGAAGAUGAAACUUCCAAAGACUGCAGCAGCGAGGAGGAAACGAAAUCGAGAAACCAAAGUCGCUCAUCGUCCCGGAAUUCGGAACACUCGCAGUGUCGCGAAAAUCAAAACGGUAGCGAAUUCAGUACUUCCGACGACGCCGAAGGAACGGAAGAGAGAGCGAGCGCGGGACGAAGAUCUAUAGUGUCCGUUUUAUCGAACGAACGGAUAUUGACGAGUGAGAAUUUACAAGCGUCUACCGACGAUCUGCACGCGGAUUUUCAGGAAGUGCAAACAUCGCCUUCGAGGAGAUCCGGCAGCCCUAAAAAAUCAAGUCGAUCGUCGAGCCGGAGUUCCAACGAUUUCGAAGCGUUAAAGUCACCGAGGCGUAACUCGUGCAGCAGUUCGCGUAAAUUGAGUUUCGACUUAGAAAACAAAGAGUCGGCAGAUUCGAGCGAAGAGAGAGCAGUUUCUCCCGUUGCGGAUGAUGACUUCGUCGAAUCAGUGGAGCCGAGUCAGUCCCGCAGGGAAUCGAAAAGUAUGGAAUCACAAACGAUCAUUAUUGCAUCCAGACCUCAUUCCACAGAGGCUGCCAAUUAUGUUGAAAAUCAUCUAGAGACUGCUGCUGAAUUAAUCGAAAACGAUAAUGAUGAUGACGAUGAUGAUGAUAAUACCCACAGAUUCAUUAACGAAUCUAACGUGAGUAAUACGUUAUUGGACGAUGGACAAAGUCGGGACAGUUCCAGUGAAACGAACACAGAACCGGGAAUUUUAAAAAUCGAGACUCCAACUAUAGAACCGAUUAAUCUGACCAAACGAAUGCCGUCAAAAGUACCUCGCAUGAUGAGAAAAUACCGAAGCAAAGGAAGUUUGGUAAAGCCGGAAAAAAUGAAGCCCAUAGUGCAACAAUGUUUCGCUCAACUCGAGAGUAAAGAAUGGGAAGUCACUAUGAAAGGCUUAAAGGCAUUAUCCCAAAUAACGAAGCAACAACCGGAGUACUUAGACAUUUCCACCACAGCGACGAUAAAUCGACUUUUAGGCCGGCAAAUAAAAAGCCUUCGAUCACAGGUCGCGCGUGCUGCCUGCUUAGCCGCUAGCGACAUUUUUACUUCGCAAAUCCGCGGCAUAGAUCAGGAUUUCGAUGACAUAGCUGGACCACUGCUUCACAGAACAGCAGACACGAAUCGAUUUCUUCGAGCAGAUAGCAAUGCAGCUCUAGAUCGCAUGACCGAGUAUCUUCCGCCUCAUAAAACGAUCGGUGUGAUUGUCCAGCGAGGUGCUAGUCAUCAAAACGCUAUCGUGAGGGCAACGACAGCCAGACUUUUGGCCUCUAUAGUCGAUCGAAUUGGACCAGAACACACCAUGAUGUUGCCAAAAGAUGUGAAAGAUAAGUUACUCAACACGGGUGCAAGAUUGUUGAUCGAUGGGAAUCUGGACGCCAGAAACCAUACGAAAAGGAUGUUUCGAUGUCUGAUGAUCUACGAAGGAUUUCAAAAAGCGUUGACAGACGCUGUGCCGGAAACAACGUUGAGGCACAUCGAGAAGACCUUGAAGACCCUUUAAUUUAGUUGAUCGUUUCCGUUGAAAAUGAUCGUGCGGUCGAUAAGAUCGAAAUGAUUUCGAGACGCGUGGCGCCACUCGGUUUUCGUCCAUCGAGUUGCCCGUCAAUUCGAACUGUUAUUUCGCGUCCAGUAGCGCGUUAGACGAGACCUAAAGCGCACGGAGAGAAAUUUUUUCCACACUCACUGAUAUUUCUCUCCGGGUACGAAUCUAUGGUUUUUUUUCCUACGAAUUUAAUCGCACGUUUAGCCAUGCAAAAGAAGAAAAUACGAUCGUACUGCUAGUCGACUGAUAUCCGUCUGUAACGUUUUGAUACUCAAAUGUACAUUCGUACAUUUCUUUUUAUACCGUGCAACAAGCAGUAUACUCGCGCGUUACGUUCAAAUGAGAAACGCUUAUUUACAUAACGUGGAUUUUUAUGAAUAUAUUUUUCGUACCGGAUGAGAUUCUACCUUGUCUUAACACUCGUUUUCGAAUUUCGGUUUCAGAUUUUUCAGGAAUUUGCCGAUUUCAUUUUAUAAAAUUGUUCUCUUCGGAAAAUAUGUUUUAAUCGAAGAAACUCUGAAUAUAAGAAAUUCACAUUGUGUAAAUAAACUUUCCUAUAUUACGCAGUGUAGCCAUUGCUCUGAAGGCAUAGCGAAGAUAGUAAAAGUAGAAUGUGUAAAGACAAACUUUUUAAAUAUGAUAAUAAACGAAAAAUUUAAUCGAUCGAUACUUCUUUAUGAUUUUCGAUUUAAUAUAAAAUUUGUUGCUGACAUGACACUUGAACUUGGAAUCUUAGUGCCUUGACCUGUGCAAAUAGUUUACACGAUUUCGAAGCACCAUCAAUUUAUAACCUCUUAAUGCGUUCUUUAUAAAAUUUGGUAAUACAGAACUAAUUAGAUAAAAAUUUAACUUCGGAUAUAGAAAUUUCACAGAUCGUUACUCUAUUUUACACCUUUUCCCAUUUGAAGAGGCGCUCGUCUUUAUAUACUGUUAAUAAAAUAAAAUGUGAUAUACGUAAAGAAACGAUAUUAAGUUUUAUUGAACAAUUAAUUAUAAGUUUUUUGUUGGCAAGCUUGAAAAUUUUAACUCAAGCAGAUUAUCUCAAAGAAUUUUUACCUUUUCUUACUUCACCAACUCUUCUACAAGGAGUUGCAGGAAGAAAAUUAUACAUGAUUUUCCUUGAAGAAAGGAAAACAUUGCUCAUGGCAAUGAUUCCAUUUCAAAGGUUUUUGAGAUAAUUUAAAAUAAAUACUAGAUAAUUUGAAUAUACAAUUAAAAAUUUUAUAAACGCAAAAGAAACGACGCUGUUUUCGAUGUAAAUACAUAAAUAGCUGUGUACAAAUCGAUAAAACAACGUGGAACUUGCUCAGAAUGGGUGAAUUCGAUCCAAUUUCAUAUUUUAUGAACUGAAGUGAUAACCAAGCGAACCGUGCAAUUGAUUGACCGUCCCUCGUAGUAGUGUAAUAAAUUAUUUAUAAUGUUUGUAUUUAUAUAUCGUACGUAUUUAAUCAUAAAUACAUCGCGCAUACGUGUAAUACUAAUUUAUUGAACAAAUUAUAUAUUAUUAAGUAAUAAAAUUAAUAUUAUAAU